CAAUCCCACUAUUGACAGCCAAUCAAGUUGAAUUGAAGAGGAGAGAUUCACAGCAAGCCUCGACUCUCAGCCACCGUUCUCUGUCUUGGUAGAGUAGGUCAGGUUUGGGGGUUAGGGUUUUGGGAUUCUUCUAGCAUUGCAUAAUAGAGUUGGAGAAGAGGAGAGGCAUAUGACAACAGCUAUUCGGUCUGUGGUUGGAAAGUUGGGGAGUAAAUACUCUUCAUGUUGUCACAGCAAAGGAAGAGCAGUAGCAAACAUGGUUAGGGUUGGGGACUUUCAAAUUAGGAGCUCAGUAGUCAGCAACUACAAUAUUGACCGUGAUGUCUUGUUUUCAAUUUCAAAGCCGCCUCCUUCUUAUGGUUAUUCCUCUCGCCAUCCUUUUCUUUUUGGUAACCACCAUAAGAAAGCUCUGCCAGUUCUGCAAUAUUGUAGGUCGCCCCGUGGAUUCGGAGGUGGUCAUCGUGUAGCUCCUUAUUCUAUGGAUAAUCCCAAUACCAUAGCUCUUGCCAUUUUCGCUGUGAAAGAGUACAACAAGGAAAAGAAUGCCAAACUGCAGCUUGUGACAGUUUUGAGGGCAUGGUACAGAUGUACUGGUGGUUCGAUCUCAUAUUUUUUUACAAUGGAGGCAGUUUAUAAGGGUGUGGUUAAAGUUUACCAAGCAUUGGUUUUUGUACGUAGCCGCCAAAGGGAGCUAAGAUUGUUUGGUCUUCUUAAUGUUGAUAACGGGAGUUUGUUAAAACUAAUUGUUAAAGGACCUACAACAUCUUAUGAAGGACUAUCUGCGUGCAUAGGUAACUAUAUUGAUUACACAUUUUUCUUUAUGAUAUAUGGUAUUUUCAAAUGCACUGAUUGGCAUGAGUGUUUCAUUGUCAUUUCCACAGACCCAUGGCAGGUCAAGAAGAAGAUUCCAAGAAAGACAAGCAGAAAUUGUCUUGAGGAAGAGAUACUAAGCACCUUACUGCACAUCUCACCUCUCCGAUAAUAUUAAGCUGCAUAAAUUUGAAACAAAUAUUCAUGGUGUAUAUUCAUCAUGAGUUUUUUAUUUUGUAUUGUUGACAGAGCACCAGUUUAAGUUUUGCUUUGUAGUAAAGCUUGAGAUUUUGUCUUGGAUAUACUUUAAAGAGGGAGGGGAUCUAUGAUUUGGUUAAAAACUAUUUAUGACUAUCAUAAUCUUUAAAAAA